AUGUUACGACUUCCAUACAUUACUGUGCUGAUGGCCCUGAUCCUAGUAUCAGAGGCACACUUCACGUUUGUCCGCAUAUCGGUAAAUGGCGAAUGGCAUGAACCGCUGCGAUUCAUUCGCAACAAAACCGCUCCAUUCACGGAGCCGUGGACGCCAAACACCAACCGGAAUGAGCGCAUCUAUAAUGAACCCACCUAUGCGACCGACCUUGCCGAGUCGACACGAUGUGGUCGCGAUAACAUGGCAUAUGCGGCCGCCACUGAAGUCCUUAGUCUUCGAGCUGGUGAUACGAUCGAGUUUGCUCAUACCCGAUUUGAUCCUGUGGCAUGGGUUGAUGCCAUGUGGUACGACUGCCCAAACGAGAGAGGAAGCUGCGCACCGAAUCGCGCCGAUCAAAUUAUGGACAUCAACCACCCGGGGCCAGUCAUGGCACACCUAUCGCGAGUACCCGAUGGCAUGGACGUAAGAGAGUACGACGGCGACGGCGACUGGCUCAAGAUUUACACCCUCGGGCUGGAGUGGAUGGUCAAUCAGACGGACCCGAUCCGCUGGCGCGCGUACAACAACGGAGGCUUGCCGGAGCGCUUCAUAUUCAAGAUUCCGGCUCAGACCCCGGCCGGGCAGUACCUGCUGCGCAUGGACGAGGUCAACACUGGGCUGGAAGAGCAUAACGCCGUGUUCAACUCCACGAGCCCCGCUCAAUUGUAUCCGUCUUGUGCACAGAUUCAAGUCGAGAGCGACUUUACCGAUCCACUGCCCCAGGGCAUCAAGAUCCCUGAAGCUUUACAACAUACAUCCCCGGGAAUGUCUUCCACUCUGAGCAUGUAUCGUUUUCAAAGCCUUGAUGCGGACUAUGUAUACCCUGGUGGCCCGUUGUGGGAUGGUGUGAACGUGGUGCAGGAUAAGCCCGUUGCACUCAACGCUUCAGAGACAUUAUGA